GCCGCAUUGCUGUCUCCCCGCCAAGAGGUACACACUAACGUUACUCGGAACACGAGAGACGUGCCCCACAGUUGGACGGCCGGCAGUGUAUACCGACGACUACCUGACUUCGCUUGCCGCCGGUAAAUAUCAUUGGAAUUUUCGAGUACGGCGGUUAUCGUAGUGCGACCGAUGCCAAAGAAAUCGUGUUUAAAUACAGUUUUUCUGCUAUACAGAGUGCCAUCGAACAUAAUGUUGGGUUUUUGAAAAUAUUUAAUUCCGUGUACAUUUUGUAGUUUAUUAAAUCUAUACUCAGAGGUAAACUAAAUCACUAGGAAACAGAGUACGAGACCAAAAUGUCAUAAGCCUCUCUGUACAAGUUAAUUCGUCAGCUGCGAAUGUUUAUCUAUCAACAUGCUCAAACAUUUUACUAAAUCACAACAUUUUUCAUGGCUACUGCUCAUUUUGAUAUGCCAGUAUAAAAUAUCAACGUCUAAAGCCCAAUGUCCGUGGCAGGCAGAUCAAUCAGCCGCGGGACUACAGUCUUCGUGCAUGUGCUCUACAAAUGUGGCCCAAGAACUUUCGAUACAAUGUGACUUAGUAGAUUACGAGAACCUGUUGCGAGUUCUCGACAAAUAUUCUCAGAACACCAUCGAUCUGCUAUACAUUAAUAAUAGUUUAAUUAGAAAUGUUGAAGACUCUAGUUUCGCAAACCUCAGAAUUCACAACCUGCAGCUGUCUGGUUGCCAAAUACACAGCAUAUCGAAAACUGCGUUCAAAGGGUUGGAGGCAAAUUUGCGGCAUUUGAGUUUGCAAGACAAUCGACUCAACGAGAUACCCAUAGCCAGUAUAGAGUCGCUUAGAAAUUUAACACUUUUAGACUUGUCUCGAAAUAAAAUAUCAAAAGUACCAGACGAUGCGUUUGCAACGCUCAAAAAUUUGCAAACUAUAAAGUUGUCUGACAACAACAUAACAUUAUCCAAACACUCUUUUCGUGGUCUUGAAAACAGUUUGAAAAACUUGAACUUGAAGAGCACCAACCAAAAAGUUUUGCCUGAGUGCAUAAGAAAUUUGAAAAAUUUGGCAUUUUUAGAUUUAGCUCAAAAUAUUUUAAGUGAACUUCCCGGCCCAUCCGGACAGUAUAUUUUCCAGGGACUCAGCGCACUGACUGCUCUCAAUUUAGAAAGAAAUGUAAUUCAAUCCUUAGGCGAAUCCACGUUUGACGGCGUUAAAAAUUCUUUAAGUUCACUCAGUUUGCUCAACAAUUUAUUGACUGAAUAUCCUACCGAAGCUAUCAGUAAAUUACCUGAACUAAGAGUUUUGGAUGUCGGUUUCAAUUUAAUUACUGAAAUAUCAGAUAAUGCGUUCUUAGCAAAUCCCUCUCUGACUCUAUUGGCCUUGGAUGGCAAUCCUUUGGAAACUAUCCCCGAAAAAGCGUUCAUACAUCUAAAUUCUACAUUACGUGGGCUUAGUCUUGGAGGUCGAUACUUACAGUGCGACUGUCGCGUUAAAUGGGUUGUUGAAUGGAUAAAAAAUGGAGAUUUGCAAGUCACAAGUAGAGAACGAAAUCCUCAGUUUUGCGCCAGUCCAUCAUAUUUAAAAAACAAACAUUUUUAUAAAAUUGAUGUGUCCGAAAUGGUGUGUGAAGAUAAUGAAAAAGGUUCGUCUGGUAUACCUUCAGUAGUAGAAGCCAGUUUAGAGGACGAAAACUCAGAUUCUAAAAGUUCGCUGGGAGUUGGUAUUGGAUACGUUGUUCCAACUAGUGUUUCCACUGAAGUUCCGUUAUCUAGAAACAAGCCGAAGAAAGAUAACCCAAAUCAAGAUUUAACAAAAACUUUUAAUUCAACAGAUUUUUCGUCGUCACACGUCGACGAUUCAAGUAAAAUUGUGUCUUCAAUGAUUACUGAGAGUUCAUCAACAGUUGUCCCUGGAAUUGCUGAAACAGUGACCAAAUAUUCCGGACAAAACCCGGCAAAUGUAAAACCCAUAAACGGUAGUCGUAAAACUAAUAAUGUGGUUAUUACUAGACCACAGACCACACAGACUUCUACGAAAUCACCAUUGAUACUGGGUAACUACUCUAAAAAACAGACACUAGCUCAAGAGGUUAUUAUUAGAAGCGUUCACAGACAAGACAAUUCCGUUAUAAUUCAAUGGGAUUCUGAAACAGCAAAUAUUUUGGGUUUCCGAGUUGUAUAUCGUUUAUUCGGAGAUCGUAUAUUCAAACAGGGUCCUCCUUUAGAGACCAGCGAACGAGAAUUUAAAAUAAAAAAUGUACCUCAUCAGGAAUGCAUUAUUGUAUGCGUUAUAUCAUUAGAAGAAAUCAACAUCACUCCUGACACGGUACCCUACAGUCAGUGCAGAGAAAUUCGGACAGCAACUACUGUAACCAGCAACAUGGAUCGAAUCACAAUAGCAGCUAGUGCAGCUAUUUGCGGAACCGUGUUGAUUGCUGUCGUAAUAUUUAUUGCGGCCAGCAAGCGUCGAGCUAAAAAACUACAGAACUUACACAAUUCCAUGUCUACUUGUCAUCCUAGCAAGGCAGGAGGUAUUGUCAAUGGUGGUAUUCCUGUAGGAACGUUGCCAUCGAACUGUUAUUCGACCAGCGGUCCAACUCCCUUGUCUUCGCUUGCUGCGUUGAAUGCAUACGCCAGUCACAAAGAUUGGGAUCAAGGUUCGGUCUACAGUAAUCGUAGCUUGAACCAUCCCAGAAUGUAUCGUGUUCCUGACAGUAGACCUGGGUGCAACGAAGACUUGCACUCAAACAUAUCCAAUUUCAGCUCAAAACCGCCAAAACUGCGCUCAACUGCUGAUGGUCAGUCACAGAAUAGCUUUUCAAAUAACUCAAUGCGCUAUUUAGGCAACGCGUAUACAUCUGAACUUGUCAACUCCAGACCGGAACUUAGGCAGUCUCGACAAUCAUUAGCCGUCUCCGAGAGGAUGUCUCACAUCAGUUACCCGGGUAGUGGUCGCACGAAUACAUCUCGAACCAAACCCAGACGGGCAUCAAGGAAUCGAGAUGGUGGUAGCAUACAUAACAGGCCGCCCAGUCGGUACAGUCAUAGCGGUUCUCAACACGCGCUCAACGGCAACAACUAUUGUGGCGGAGACACGUCAGAUAAUUGGACCGAUCACGAUAUGGACAUUUACACAACAAGAAAUCCAACCACUCGAAACGGUCUCGUGCCUCUCUAAUAAAAAACAUCACACGUAACCUUACAUAAAAAUUAAAUGGAAAAAUAUACGCGUGUAGGGUCGUAAAAACAUAAAGAACUCUAGCCGUAUUGACAUAUCGAUGCAAUUAGAGUCGAUAAACUGAGCACGGGCGCUUCAGACUUUAUACCCUCCGGUUAGGACGCCUAUGUAUGACAAACAUUUCUUCCAUCUCAAUGUAUUUUAAGUGUAUAUUAAAACAAUAAUUGUAUGUAAAUUAUAUUCCUUUGUCAUCUGUUGUAAAUGAGCUCAAAACAAACUAUAUUAGGUGUAAAAAUAAUAUGUUUUAGAUCAAUACAGCUGCAAGUGUUUAAAAAACCGUUUGCACAGUAUGCCAUAUUAUAGAUAAUGGUUUAAUAAAUGAAUUAUUCGUUUUAGUCAUAAUUACACGUUUAGCCUUUUAGAUAAAUAUUAGAAUUUUUUUAAAUGUUAUAAUUUUUAUGUCUACUACUUUGUGUACAUUAUCAUAUUAUUUAUUAGCUAUGUAUUUUUAUAAAUAUUAUUACAUAAUUAAUGUAUUUUAUACAAUAAUAGAAAAUAGUAAAGUACGUUUUUGUUGAAUUAAUGACCAUGCAGAAUAACCAUUUCUGAAUAUGUAUAACUGUAAUUAAUUGGAUAAUUUAUUAUUUCAAAAAUAAAUUUUUAGUAGAAUUUAAACAUUAUAAUUUUAGGAAUUAAUUUUCUAGACGACUUUUUGUCCGUUUUUCAAUUUAUUUCAUUUAAUAAGAUUUAUAAAAUUGUAAUGAGGAUCCAUUAGAGAACCUAGAGUUAAAGAAAUGAUCAGCGAAUUUUUCCUAGGUUUUGCAAAAUAAUAUUUAUAUUUUUUAUUCAAAUUUGUAAAAAAAAAAACAAUUGGUACAAUAAAAGACAAAAUCUUCCAAU